CCGGCCUCUCGAAAACUUUCUUCAGCAGAUAUCCGAGUGCAACCACAGCCAGUGACAGUGAUGUGAUUGUUCCACUAUUAAAAUCGAGUGGUUUAUCUAAACUAGGUGUACGAUUUUUUAUGGGAUUAUUACAAAAUGAUUCUACGAAAUUUUAACUGGUUAUUUCUACUCAUUGUACACCUGAUCUGUACAACCAUUGCUCAAAACGACAAAUCGUACGACGAAAAUGACUGGAUACCCAUCACACCUUCAAAUGCAGCAAAUCCGAAAAAAGCACAAGGCCGUGUACUAAAUCUGGAAACUCCUAAUCAAAACUUUUUCCCUGAAAAUGAAUACGUAAGGAAACAGGCCCCAACGCAACAAUACCUUCGAGAAACAGGUUUCAAUAAAGCAGACAAUACUCGACAACCUAAACCUGAACACCCUUACAAGUUCGAACCGGUAGUACCUCUUCAGACAUCCCAGUAUGUCCCACAAAAUCAGUUUAUUCAACAGCAAGUCCAACCCCAAUUCAUUCAACCGGUCCAACAUCUGCCUCAUGUCCAGCCACCACCGGUGCAAAUUCAACAAGUGCGACAGUUGCCACAAGAACCGGUCCAAAUUCAACCAAUUCCCCAAAUCCAACGACCAGCUCAAGAACCAACGUUAAAUCAACAACUUGUAGCCCCACCGCAAAGUAAUCAAAAUUACUACGAUACAACAAAAAACGAUCAACAAAAAAGUCUACCCCUUAAUUAUCAAGCUCUGAAUUUAGCUACUAUUAACCGAGAAUUACUUGGAGCGAUACAAAACACCAACAUUAAUCAAAAUGUUAACCAAAUUCAAACAACCACCACUACAACGACUAGACCGAAAGAGGAGAAAGAAACUAUCCAACUUCUCUAUGUUCCUCUGGAAAAUCUCAAAUCAAGUCAACCGAUCCCCCAGCGAGUGACAACAGUUAAACAAAUCGAAACUCCAAGAAAAGAGAAACAAAUUUCCAGAUUAGAAAAUCACAGACUGAGCCACCUCACCACUGACAUCCAAGACGAUUUCAUAAGACAAGCAUUAGCUGCUCACAAAUUGCAACAACAGUUGCAAUCAGGCCAACCGGUAGUUUUACAAACGACAACAACGGCAAAACCAAAAAAACGCAAACCAAAUCAACCUCCUUUGGCUGUUUUCAUGGAAAAACAAGGGAAGGCAGAAGUUAAAGACGUCCUCAAUCUUUUAAAAGACGCCAAAAGUAUUUCCGUACAAGACAGUGUCGGUCCAAACUCACCCUCAAUCUUUGUUGGUCCAUCAAAUAUCGAGCCAGAAGGUUAUGCUAAGUUCCCCUUACCAUAUCUUUCAACAGUGCAAGGUAACAGAAUUGAAAGGAAAGUUGAGCAACUGCCUUUCUUUGUGGCACCUUUGAGUUACAAAACGCCAGAAGGUUACUCAAAAAUUCCGCUACCUUCUCCCCAUGUCGGUUCAGUAGUAGUUUCAACAAAGGAUCAGUUGCAUGAAAAACAUCCAGAAUAUGUUCAACCUCAAACAGCUCAAAAUCAAAUUGUGCAAGAUUUUGACGUCAAACAACCUUUUCCAGAGUAUAGAGAUGAACCAAGACCUAAUCCGUAUUUAUUAAAUCAAGCGAAUGAAUUUAUUGGAGGUUUUCCAAAUGUCCCUCAAAAUUAUGAUGAAAAUCCUCCAAGUGAUUUUGACAGUGACUACCAAAGUGGUCCAAAAGUAAAUGAACCACAACAAGAUUACCGACAAACUCCAAUAAAAGAAUUUGUACCAGAUUAUCAAGACUCUCCUCCUCGAAAUUACCAAACCGAAGAUAAAACUAAUGACGGAAAUAAUUUUCAGUCUCCUGAUUAUCAAACGAAUGACCGAAAACUACCUAACCAAGAUUCAAAAGAAGUAAUUCGCAACUUUGAUAUACCUUCAGUUCCCGUCGAAUCCAAAGCAAGUUUUACACCUAACUAUCAAAAUGAAAGAAAACCAGAAAAUCAGUACCAAAGUACCUUAGAACCCGAUUACGUAACUCCAAAAGUGCAACCAAACAUUUACAAUUAUGAUCAAGGGUCUGUUAUACAAACCACUGAAGCAAAUCCUCAAAACCAGUUCAGAUACCAAAACCAAGAAUCAGAAUAUAGAGCACCUCAAUAUAAUCCUCGACAAAAUCCUCAUCGUCAAGGCAUAAACCAAUAUGAAAUUGAGCAAAUCAACAAUCAGUUUGGAAGAGAAAAAGAAGAACGUCCUGAAGUACUCCGCAGUACGACUCCUGUCAUAACCACGAAGAAUUACGACUACGACAUUCCGACAACAACACGCACAAGAUCCAGGUCACGAUUUAGAGGAAGAACAACCGCAGCCGCAACAACACCGACAACACCUAGCACUGUCGCUGAUGACAAAUACACGGUUUUAGAAGAAUUUGCUAUCCAGCCCAAAACCACAACUGCAAAAUAUACAACAGAAGUUGAAACGAUUCCGGCAAAAGUUUACAAACUGGAACCUGAGCAACCCGUGUUUACUCAAACUCAAGUCCCAGUUAAACAACACGUACUAAAUCAAGAAACGUUAGACCAACAAAUCUUACACAUCAGCAGACCAGAUGUAGAACACCGGUCAGUUGCACCACAACAAGAACCCCAACCAGUGGUGUACAGUAACAGUCAAAAUCCGCAAGAACAAGAACAAUACCCUCCACAUAACCCAUACCUUCCUGGUUUAAUCAAUAAUUUGCAAGAUCAAGCAGUACGACCUCUUUUGGUACCAAAUCUUUUGGUUCCUACCACUGAAAAACUGACAACAAUUCAGUAUCCCUCAAUUGAAGAAGAACGUGUAACAACAACUGAAGCUCCGAGGAUUGAAACAACUACCAUCAGACGUAAUCGAGGUCGACAACGAGCACACAGUCGCUUUAGUACAACCCCAGCUCCUAGACGAACAGCAAGUCGAAGACGUCCUAACUACACCAGACCGACAACCGAGCGUCAGUAUGUGCGUACUACGACAGAAACCUCAGAAUAUGAACCCACUAAAAGAGGUACUAGCCAAAGACAAAGAUUUAGAACUAGAGGACGUCCAGUACAAAAGGAACAGCCAUCAACUGAAAGAGUUCUUCAAACAACAGAAACUGGUUUCAAACAACCACCUCUAGAAGGUGGAUUCCAAGCAUCUUCAGGCGAUCCACAAUCGUACAUGCAGUACGACCAUAUUGUCGAAAAUCAACAAGUUAUUACUGCCAAACCAGAAAUUGCCGAAGAAAAACUUUACAAAGAUUAUCACCAAGUGUACAGUUUGCCAUCACAGACACAACCAACUGAAAAAAUAUUUGAAGAAGUCAGUACUACAUCAAAACCAGUUGUCGAUGUUAAAGUUACUCAUCCAGUAACCGAUAAGAGUCAAGAACCCUCACAUAAAGACCGGUUUAUUCGAGUCAAUAGUAAUAUUCAAUCCGGUGGAGUCAUCUACAACAAUAAAAAUGAAGAAGCAACGCAAAGAACACCAGUUCGGACGAGGGGACGAACUCGAAUCAGGUCACAAUUUAGUUCAACAACACCCAGACCAACAACAACCACAACAGAAAAACUGCAAAAACAAGAAGAACAAGACGAAGCAUACGGAUUCAUUCGGACACCAAACUAUGAAAGAGCUCCACCGGUUGUAACACAACAACCGCUUCAGCUUUAUUCGGCUUCAUACCAAGAAAUUCCUAGAACAAUAAUCCAAGUAGAAGAUGACUCACAUACUAAGCAAACUCAAGAUUAUGACUCUACUUCGCCGGCUUCUGUGCAAUUCGUCGGCCAAAUUAGACCAAAAUACACAACUACAGAAUCUCAAGAACUCUCAACCGAAGCUCCGAAAAGUCGAGGUAGAGUCCGAAUUCGGAUACCGAGUAGAAAAGCAACAUCUCAACAACAACAAUCCUACAACGAAGUCAAGUCUCACAGAUUUAACGAUCAGGUGACUAGAAGAAGCAGUAAUGUUGUGCGUACACGAGGUCGCGGCAAAGCGCAUUUUAAACUGCCUGAACAAAUGACAGUUAAAGCUGAUGAUCAUGAUGUAGAAGGGGGAAAUUAUCCUGCGUCCUACCUUAAAAGUAGAGAAUUAACAACAGAGAAACCUUCUUCCUUCCAAAUUACAAUUGAUCCGGCGGAAGAAGAAGAUCAAGUCCCUCACUCAUCUCUAUACAGUCCUCAAAUCAUAAAAAGUACAGAUACACAAUGGGUCGAAGCAACAAACUUUCCAAAAGUCAAUGAACUAGAAAUUGAAGAUAAGCAAAUGUUUGUUACAAAUUCUGACGAACAAACGACACUUCCAUAUGAAGAUAGUGAAACUGAAACUGAAACCGAAACUGCUCAAACUGAACAAAUCACCACAACUGAACCGAUUGAUACUACAACACUGAAAAGACGAAAAAUUGGUAGAAGAAGAGGAGUUUGGAAAUUGGUGAAACACCGACCAGUGGAUUCCUUCGACACUGCUGAAUCCCAGAACUACUUUUCUGUUAUAAACGCAUUCGAAAGUGUUGAAAAAGUUAACGAUAAGGUUGCAGAAAUAACAAAAUCAAGUACCACUACCAAAACACCAGAAACUAAACCCUCAACUAUUACUACUACUACCACAGAAAGUAGUAUUUUCGAUACAUUGUAUAACUUUUUGGGGUUAGCGAGUAAAGCUAGCCAGUUGCCAGGAAGCAAGACUAAGAUAAGUUUUCAAAAAGAAGAGAUUACAACAACAAUCGCGUCUCCAACAUUUCCUGAAGAAAUAACAGAGGAUAUAACUACCCAAGAAAUCAGCAAACAUGAGAUGGAAACUACUUUUGUUCCAGAAACUACAACGCCAACGGCGACAACUACAACUACGCAAGCUAGUAUAAAAAAUUACGAUAUUGAGCCGUGGGAAGAAAAAGAUGUUAAGACGUCCACUUCUACAGAGGUUUCGCAUGAAACGGAAAUCUGUUAUAAAGGAAGAUGUGUCAAGUCAAAAGAUGACGACAGCUUUUAGAAAUCACGUUAAUUUGUUUAUGUAAAUAAUUUAAUGUAAGCGGAGUGAAUGGAUAAUUUGAAUGACUGUUGCUAAUAUACAGGGAGUCAAUUUUAAAACUUGCAAUCGCCAAUAUCUCUAGAACUAAAAAAGUUAUUGAGAAUCACUCAAAACUGUUUGGUAGUUUUUAGGGGGAAUCAAAAUGGCAUGGUAAGUGACGCUCCUCCACCCAC